CAACAACCAAUUGGCAACCGUCAAAAAUGCUUGCAAGAACACACUGAAAGUAAAUUGUAGUAGAGUCCAAACUUUCUACGGUGUUGAUGUGUCGACCGCAACAAUGUACGACCUAGAAAAACCCUUAUAUUCUGGAUUGGUAAUGAGCUUGUUUAUCUUAAACCUAAAUACGUCAAUCCCGGUCAGCAAAGAACUGCAAGCAGCUUACUGGAAGCAGCAUAUCAUGCCACAUGGCCGGAAGAUUUUCUUCAUACGCUUAGCAAAUCAAUUAGAACAGAGGAAUGAUUGCGCCAGUGCCCAGAUCGACCUUGUUUUCGUUAUUGAUUCAUCCGGAAGUGUUAGUGAGCAUAACUUUAAUAAGACAAAAAUCUUCUUAGAAAAUAUUGUGCGUAAUCUAGACAUUGGUCCAGAUAAGACACGUGUUGCAGUGAUUAGAUUUUCAACCAAUCCUCACGUAUCAUUUUCCUUAAGCGCCCACACUACGAACUCUGCAGUAAGAAAGGCUAUUGACGCUAUAGAUUAUGAUGGUGGCGGUACUGCUACGGGCUUGGCUCUUGACGAAGUACGUACCAGUGUCUUUACAAAUAAAAGAAAAUCUGCUGCUGCAAAAGUUUUAGUUUUGGUCACAGAUGGACAGUCAGAUAAUGAAAUGAAAACAGUAGCGGCAGCUCAGAAACUGAAAGAUGCUGGCGUCACUAUAUUUACAAUUGGAGUUGUCAAUCCAAGAGUGUCUGAGUUAACUGCAGCAGCAAGUGAACCCAGUUGUACACAUUACAUCGACUUGAAAGAUUAUAAUGAGAUUGAUUUUAUUGUGAGGGAAAUUGAAUCUGAUUCCUGUAAAGCUCCGACCGUUGUUGAAGAACACACUCAGUUACGUAAUAACGCCAUUCCUAAAACUAACGAGACAAAACAACAAGUCCUGCAGAUCACCAACACGACAAAGUCCGCCUUGGAUACAAUAGUUGUGGUGAAGGUCCAGUGUGGUGUGGUCACUGUGUAUGCUUCAUUUCACAACAGUUAUCCCAAUGAAGCCGACUACGACUACAAGACUUCGGCAACUGACUAUCAGCCGGGGGAAUUAUAUCUUGCAGGAGAAUCAGAACUUAAUAAACUUGCCCUUACUGUCCUUUCCAAAACUCGAUUUGAUCUCAAUUCCUCAGCUUGUGACAAUCCUUCCUAUGACAUCUACAUGAACCCAGUAGCUCCGACCGUUGUUGAAGAACACACUCAGUUACUCAAUAUGGCCAUUCCUAAAACUAACGAGACAAGACAACAAGUCCUGCAGGUCACCAACACGACAAAGUCCACCUUGGGUACAACAGUUGUGGUGAAUGUCCAGUGUGGUGUGGUCACUGUGUAUGGGUCAUUUAACAACAGUUAUCCAAAUGAAGCCGACUACGACUACAAGACUUCGGCAACUGACUAUCAGCCGGGCAAAUUAUUUCUUGUACAAGAAUCAGAACUUGAUAAACUUAUCCUUACUGUCCUUUCCAAGAAACGAUUUGAUCUGAAUUCCUCAGCCUGUGACAAUCCUUCCUACAACGUCAGCUUCAAGCCAACAGCACCCAGAACUGAAAUGGUUUGCCUUGUAAAAGAAGUCAACAGCCCAUGUACUGCAAAGCAACUCGACUCUGCAUGUUACAAUACGACACCUGUUGUUGGUGAAGUCAGUCAAUUGUAUAAUAACAGUAUUCUCGGGAAUGACGAGAUACAAGAACGAGUUUUGGAAAUCAGCAACAGUACAGAUUCCUCCGGAAGUACGAUUCUGGUGAGUGCCCAGUGUGCCGAAGUCACCGUGUACGGUGCCUUUAACAACCGUCAUCCCUUUGAAGCUGACCACGACUACAAAACAACUGCAACGGAUAGCAAUCCUGGUAAAAUAAUAAUUCCUGAGAGAGAAUCACAAACUGAUAACCUUACUCUGACCAUCUUAUCUAGGAGACAACGAGGCCUCAUCUCAUCAGAUUGUGACCAUCCCUCCUAUAAAGUCAUCAUCAAUCCAGAAGAUUCCAAACUUGAAGUGGUUUGCCAUCGAAAACAAGAUGAAAGGCUUUGUACUCCUGCAGAAUCUGAAUCUAAAUAUUCUAAAACAUCUGGGAUGUGUACAUCAACAGCGUCUGAUAUUGGAGCCACGAAACAGCUCCUCAUAAACGCAUGGAUUUAUGCUGGACUCUUACUUGUUUGGCAAAUGGCUUGAUCAGAAACAGUGAACAGCUAUAAACGGUACCAAUACCAAUGGACUCUUAUACACCCACACAAACACAUCCUUACAUAUAUAUAUGUAUAUAUAUAUGCAAUAAAUUCAGGAUGAAUAAUUGAUAAGUGUAAGCACCUGUAUAUAUAUUGAGUGAGAAAACGUUAUGGACGGAUUUUUGGAGUCCAAUAAUACCCUGUACACCUAUUUGAUUAUGAAGAGUUACAAACAUUCUUUCCCAGUGAUACUCGGUUUACCUACCAUUAUAAAUAAUACCAAAUGUUCUUUCUCAAACCUUUCAUAAUGUGAUACAAGUCUUUGGUGUAGCAAUUGCAUGCGGCUGAAGAAGGCUUUUGAACUAUC